AUGGUGGAAGUCUACAGUUAUCGGAACUCGGAGUCGGCAGCCUAUGCACUAGGCGAAUAUAUCGCGGAUGCCCAAGAUAAAGCAUUGGCAAAGAAUAAAGUGUUUAGAAUUGCCAUCAGUGGAGGAUCUUUGGUUGGUGCAUUACAGGAGGGUCUUAUCUUGAACAAGAAGGUGGCCCCAAGAGUGAAGUGGGGCCAAUGGGAGAUCUACUUUGUGGAUGAAAGGUUGCUUCCAUUGAGCCAUGAAGACUCGAACUACGGAUUGUUCAAGAGAAAGCUAGUGAACCUUUUAGAUCCAAAGGUCACAAGACCAUAUAUUGCAGCAAUCAACACAACAUUGCUUUCGCCAUCUGGUGGACAAGACGACAGUAUUGCAAAGGACUACGAGAAGAAGCUUCCAGAUCACAUGGACUUGAUCAUAUUAGGAUGUGGAGAAGAUGGCAUAUUUGCUCAUUAUUCCCAGGACACGAGCUACUGGAGGAAAAUGUGA